CUCAAAUCGGCCCAUAGCCAGUCAUUUGGGAUCAGUAACAACGAGAAAGCACGAUAUCAUGUUACUUAUAUACAAGACGGAAACUCGGCACCAUUGACACCAGUAAUGACUUUGACAACAUCCCACUCAACGAUCGACUAUCUCUUAGACGAAGCCAACAUCCAUGAUACUGUCACCAAGAUGAUGCUCUACGUUGAUCUCCUGCGUUGGGAUGACAUCGACAAAGAAGUGUUCACUGACAACAUAUGCGUGGAUUACACCGGUCUGUUAGGUGGCGAGGCUACUGAUGUGACAAGAAAAGAACAAAUCGAAUUAUGGAAAAGAUCUAUCGGAGGGCUGGAGAAAACUCAGCAUAUAACGACGUAUGCUUUUGCCCCUACCUUCUUCCCAGCCAUAGUUCGUAGAAAUACAGAUCACUCCUCAUAGACCUGCCCCAGCCUGGUUCCGUCCCACCUCCGACAAAUGUACCGGUUACUGCUAACGUCGCAACUACGCUUGUUCUGAAAGCCGGCGAAAAAACUCUUGUACAGAACGGGGAUCACUACUUCUUAGAAGUCUCACGAAUUACCCGGUCGCAUGGUGGUAAUCCUUGGCGAAUCUCAAGCCUCAAAUUCGACAAGAUAUACUCUGCG